CGGAAGUGAGUUUUUCGUCACUGCAAAGUCAUUCAUUCCGUAAAACUCUCUCAACAAGUCUCAAGGUGAGAUAUGUUCCACGUUUGAAGAAGGCAUAUAAACAAGAAAUGAUGCUGAACAACAAUCGGCAAUACCCAACCUAUCAAAGUACAACCGGAAACGGCCCGUCCAAAACCAACCAACUUCCAAAUAAGGCGUUAUUGCAUCAGGUAGUAUCGGCGACACAGUCAUGGUCCUCGCUAAACUCUGUCAACGGUUCCCUGCAGCCGUACCCAGGAACCAACAGUACAGUUUGGAGACAACAGCAAGUCCCACAGAACGAACAGAGUUUUCCACUCAGGAAAACACUGUCCGUCCCUGCUUACUUCAGAUCCCCAACCCACCACACCCCUUCAUACAUUCCUAAUACUGGUAAAGGUACCAAGAAAGCCUCUCCCCCUCCUAUCUCCCCUCUCCUUGUACACGAAAGCCCAACCUCAACAGCACCAGCCUACAGCAAUGCUUUAACUGUACCCCCUGAUAGACACUUAAACCACAGCCAACGGUCGCCUUUUGCGUCUGGUAGUACAUCAGAAAUGUCUUCCACAACCAGCCUCUGGUCUACCCAUCAUGCCUCGCUUCCUCUGAAGAGUAGCCACAGCUCCGGUGCCGCUCUGACGUCACCUGUACGUAAACGCGAGGCCCAGACGAGACAGGGGAUGUCCCCGAAAUGCCUCUCCCUCCCCGCGAUGUCCCCAGGUAAUAGAGACGUCGGUAGAUACGGAAAUAUUCCCGUGCCCCGAUCGCUGCAGCCGUCCAUGUCAGAAUCCCCGACCAGGUCAUCCCCCAAACCAGGCAGAAACCUGUCCACGCCUCCAGCAAAGAAGAAAACGUUACGCCACAGAAAGUUGGGAUAUCCCGAAACCAACUCCAACAACAACCACACCCAAGCUGCCACUGACGAGAAAUCAAAGAUAGAGGAUGUCAAGAAACCAAAGAAAUGCAGCCAGAGAUCUUUUAUUCUUCCUCUCAUCGCAGUCUUGACCGUCUGUGUUAUCGCAGUCACUGCUGUUCAGCUUUACGAACAUGACAAUAUCAAUGAAGGGAACCCCUGCAGCAUUUCAGCUCUAGAAGAAGAGCUAAACCAAAGGUUAUUUGGACAGCACAUCGCCAAGAGAGUCGUUCUAGAAGCGCUGUUUGGCAACCUGGCGGAGACACACGGCAGCGCACCUCUGGUGAUGUCUUUCCUCGGGCCUUCAGGUGUGGGGAAGACGUUCGUGAGUAGGAUCGUGUCUACGUUUCUGUCUGAGAAUUGCGGAGUUCAAGUACAUGAGUUCAUCAUUCCCCACCAUUUCCCACACCCGGAGGAGGCACAGUUGUACAGAGAACAAGUCCGCCACUGGGUUAAGGGAAACAUCUCAUAUAGCAACCUUAAGAGGCACCUGUUUGUAUUCGACGAAAUGGAGAAAGUUUAUCCCGACUUAGCCGACGGACUUCUGUCCUUGCUCGAAGAAGACACCUCAAACAGUAUGUACAUCUUCAUCUACAGUACGGGAGAACUGUAUUUGAGUAGGUACUUGCUAGAGGAGUUGAGCAAAGGCAAAUCUAGGGAGAGCAUCAGAGAAGAUGAGAUACAGGAUCUCUUCAGACAGCUGGAACAAAUUCCAAAACCAUCUGGUAUUGACUCUGCAUCUAGUAAAUCCGCCAAAACUGCUUCUACUGUCAAACAACACAGAAACAUCCCAGAAGGCCAUGCUCCUGUCAAUCACCCCGCUACCAUGGCAACUGCCCCACCCCCAACUGAAGACGUGUCUCCAGAGGCCACGGACUCGGACAGGCCACAACUCGUCUGGCCAGGAGAUUUGGGCGGGAAAAUCUCAAAUCGUUACUUGGUGCCUUUCCUGCCCCUGGAGAGAGAACAUGUCCUGAAAUGUGCAGAGGUGAAGCUGGCCACAGAUGGACGCACGGUUUCCAUGGAAACGGCACAGCCAAUAGUUGAUGAGAUGCAGUUUUACCCUAGAGAAAGGCCGGUCUUCUCCAGGUACGGCUGCAAGAGACUGUCAGCCAGGGUCGACAUGUCCAAGGACAAUUAAUGCUGUGAUGAACUAUUUUGUGCCAAACGUUCAGGAGCGAUUGCCUUCCAAUUACUUGAUACUUUUCAUUAAACAAAUAGAAUAUGUUACUUAUAGCGUCA